AUGGGAUUGGGGUCGAGGGAAUGCCCGCUGGAUAUAUCGGUCUUGUGGACUGCUGAGGUGGACUCGCCAGUGUACAGCACGCCGGUCAUCCUUCCGUCUUCUGCCGGUGGGUACAAGCAGAUUGUCCUCGCCACGCUGCGCAACGUGGAGCUGAUCGAUGGCGACGGCUCGGUGCCUUACCCUUGGCCGAUAGAGAUGGACGACCACGAAAACUCAGCGUUCCUGGCGUCUCCUGCCCUACACGACAUCGACGGCGAUGGCGUGCAGGACGUUUGCGUCGCGGACACGAUGGGGUGGCUUCGCUGGCUCACACCCGGAGACGGAGGUCCCUAUCUUCCGGAUUACCGCCAGUACCUGCCGCCCAGAAGCUUGAAGAAUGUGCAAGAGACCGAGGACAGCGGGGAUGCCGACGCGGGUCUGCGGUCGCCCGGCAGGCGGCGGCGUCUUCUUGACGACAACGAGGCACAAGAACAACAUGCCGCAAGCCCCAACCAAGGCGGUGAUUCCGCCGCGCUAGGCAACGGCCAGAUCGAGCACCAGUGGACGGGGGAUAGCUUCGAGGGAGGCAUGUUUCAGGAGGGGGUGGACUCGGGGCUGGACGGCGAGAGCGCCUACGACACCGCGGCGGCGUACGCUGAGGCUAUGCGGCGGUGGGGGGAGUACGGCACGGGACCCUUACCCAACGAUGACGGCAUCGGUUGGUGGGCGAACUACGGAGAUGACUUCGAUCUAAUCGGCCUGGAAGAAGGUGAAGACUUCGGGAAGCGGCAGGCCGGGGAAGUAGUCGAGAUCCAGCCGCAUAUCUCCGCCGCUCCCGUGUUCUUGGAUGCUGAGGAUGGCCAGGGGAAGCGGAUGAUCGUGACUGUCAGCUACUUCAAGAGCAAACGACGGUAUUGGGGAAGCGGUACCCCCGCCACCGCAGCGGAAAAGGUGGUCGCCGGUUCUCUGGCGUGCUGGGAUUUCGAGGACUCCAAGUGGCUGUGGAUUCAUGAUCUCGGCGAGACGACCUCGGGCGAGAAGAAACGAGGGGCUCCCGUGGACGCGUCCCCUACCGUGGGAGACCUCGACGGGGACGGGAAGCUUGAGGUGGUCGUGGGGACAGCUCGUGGAGGGCUCCAUGUCGUAGAUGCUAGCAGCGGCUUGGCGCGAGAGGGAUUCCCGUUAACCUACGAACCAAUCAGAGGACAGGUGGUGAUUGCCGACGUCCACGGGGAUGAGCGGCUGGAGAUGCUGCUCGCGGAUUCCUCCGGAGCCGUGGUGUGCGUCAAGCACGACGGCAAGGAGUGCUGGAAUAAGGCGCUUUCGGGUUCAACAACCUCGAUGCUGACGCUGGGCGACGUGGACGGCGACGGUGCCCUGGAUGUUGUAGCUGGCGUUACGACUGCCGAGGGCUCUGCGGAAGUGUGGGCGCUGAGCGCCGAGAGCGGGCUGCCUCUGCCCAACUACCCGGUCGCGCUCCGCAACCGGAAGGGCAUUAGCGCCCCCAUCACGCUGGUCGACUUGCACCAAAGAUCCGCCGGAAGCAUGGGCGGGGGGGGGCCUGCCGACGCAUCCAGCCAGGCCAAGCGAAGAGGAAACGUUGCGCCAAUCGGGGGAUGGGGUGCGGGUUUGCAUCUCCUUGCCCCGUCGGAAGACGGCCACGUGUACGUCAUCGAGGGGGCGACGGCAUGCGUGAACAAGAUCGACCUAGGGGAGCGCGUGCGGAGCAUGGUUCUGGCGGAUGAUGUCGACGGCGACGGGACCCUUGACCUUAUCGUGGGCACCAUGAGCGGCGAAGUGGUGGCGCUGUCGGCGAACGUGCCGUACCACCCGCUGAACGCCUGGACUUCUCAAGUGCGGGGCCCCACCAAUGGUUUCACGCACGGAGGCUACCAGGGGGUUUACUUCGUGGGGGCUGCGUCGGACUACGGCGAGAUGGUUGGCCGGCAUUUCGCUCUGACGUUUGAGAUCGUCGACAGAUCCACGAGAACUGCAACGCCGUUUCAGAUAACUAUCUUCGCUGGGACGGAAGAGAUAUUCCGGCGAGACAACAUGUACGGGGGUACCCACGUGGCGACCGUUUCACUGGAAGCCCCGAGACGUGUACUGCUUCGCAUCGAGAUGACGAACAAGGCCCAACGGCUGGUGUUCGAGGACCAUGUGUUUGUGGGCUACAACACCAAGUUCCACGUAGCGCUGAAGUGGAUGACUGCAAUCCCGAUGGUGCUCGCCUCGCUGCCGUUUUUGUGGCCCGACCGGGGGUUCCGGGGCACCCGCCGGGGGCUACCUGGGUGACCGCCAAGUAGAUGAGCUUUUGGGCAAACUAAGCUCAACGGCGGCGACCUAAGUGCGGGAUCACAAGGAGAGCAAUAAAUCUGUGUUUGCUGGAAAUUUUACGUUUGAAGAGCCGUUGUUUUCAACUGUGGCUACCCAAAGAGGCGGUGGCGUUGGUUUUUGAGUCGAAGAUGGUGCAACCCCCUAACCUGCUCCUGCUCCCACGAGGGACCGGCGGAGCUGUGGGCAGUCCAUCCCUUCCGAACAAGGCCUUGAAGAAGGGAGCAUGCGCUCUCUUGCGGCCUCACCCGUGCCCAGGUCGAGAAUGACCUACAUAGUGCAGGAACGAUUAUUCCAUGUUUAGACGUCGCCAUAGCAGGGGCAGGAGAUGGUAUGGGCGGGUCGGUGGUGAACGUGAGCGGAAGGAGGAGGUCCUACGUAGUAGUCGGGAUGGACAAAAUACUUCUCCUUGCGAAAGACGCGUACGUCUGAAAC